CCCAACAUCUCGGACAUAGGCACGGCGCUUGGAUGCGAGUUUGACACAUCCCGAUCGGACUUCAUAUGUCCUUGUUCCAGGGGCUGACGCUGGCCGCACAAAGGCCACCCAGCUUCCAGGUAAAGGCUCCCUCCAUUCUCAGCGCUACACUAUCGUCGGACUAGCGAACAAAACAGCUGACUUCUUUCUGUUAUCAUACCACGUAAACAACCCCACCGUAUCCCCAGCAACCAGAAAGGGGAAGACCACGGUCGGCGUUCCUAACCUCUCGUCCAUGUCCCGGUUGAACUUCGACCUCUACGAGUCCAGUCCACGCCAACACACAUUCGGAGCCCUCGUCACAGCCUGGCCGUGCUCUGCGCCCACCCCCGCAUUGCUUCGACGGUCCACCACUCGAGCCAACAUGUUUCGUUCGUCACCUUCCCGCAGCGCCGGUACGGCCUCCCAUUGGAGAUUUGGUGUGCUUGAUUAGCGGUUAUGUGCAUGACAGGGUCCCUGGAGAGAGGCUGUGUGGUGGGAACGGCCCGCUGGUGGCCGCUGGGAUGGCCACUUAUAGCGGCCGGGCGCAUCAUCUAGCCAUUCGUGGGCGUACAACAUGACCAUGCAAAGACCAAAAAGUGCAGGAAAAUGCACGAUGCAACCAACGGGAACAAGACAUGAAAGCAAACGGAUUCUGCCAGUCUGCCUAAGGACACGGACAUAUGGAAGCGACCCCUCAUUUUGGGCUUCCCUUUGCUGCUGGUGGGCUGAGCAGUUGAGAGGGUUUAUCUUGAGCGAAUUCCCGUCUUUUUUGCAGUGUUGGAAAGUUACACCCUUACUAUGUGUUACUGUGGCAUGAGUGUGCCUGUUUUCGUUGUAUUGAAUGGGGACUGUAAUUCGAAGCAAUCAUGCCGACCACUCCAUCUUCCAGACGUAACUCCCAACGAAGCCGACGGGGAAGCACUCCGCCGACACCAGGACAAAAUGGCUCGAAGCUUGCGGGACGCAUAAUGUGGUUGCCGCAUGCGGAUGAGCUCAGCUCCUCCACUGGCUUCUCGGAGGAAUCUCAUAACCAUCCGGUCCUUGUGCUUUCGAAGAAGAUUGCUGCAGAUGGGAAGGUUGACAUUCUUUUUAUGACAUCCUUUGGCGGCACGGAUCUUGAAACGAGGCAUCGGCACAGCAACGCUCAACUACGAGGAAUUUACCUUCCCAUCGAUCCAUCACCUCCCCAUCCAGACAACAAUAUCCAACUGCAGCUUGACCACGGCGUGCCGGCCUUCAAAAAGAACUCCUACGUAAAUACUAGGGACCAUAAGAAAAUCCUCUUCUCUCUUCUGAGAAACUACGAUCGUCAUCGCAAAUACAAGAUCUACACCAUCACGGAUGCCUCAUACCAGAUCGUGGUGGAACAUUCCGGUUACCGCGAGCCCACUCCUCCUCCUGUCUACGAUGACAGGUUCACUGUUCCAGUUCCUCUGGACAUUCUUGUUCAGGCUCAUCUGGAAGCAGAGAGAAAGCGGAGCCAGGGAUACGGAACGAUACCAAGUGUUGCUCCACAGCUACAACACCCCGCCUCACGACCUAUCCAAAGCACUGCUCGAAGCGAUCACCACAGCUACUCCGCCUCACGACCUGUCCAAAGCACUGCUCGAACCGACCACCCCAGCUACAACAGCUACGACAGCUACAACCCGUACUAUUCCGGUGUCCACUCCCAGAGAAAGCGCAAUUCCGCAAGACCUUCCGGUCACUCGUCAGGCGGAUCUCCCGACGAUCUCUCACCAAGCGCCCAGGUUGUUUUCUGUCUUAUUAUCGCGACUACCUUUGCCUGUGUAGUGGCUGCCGUGUACAUGACUUUCAGUUAUUUGUUUAAAGACUUGAAGGCGGUUGACUGGCACAAGGUAGCUAAUGCUGUCGGGUCCUUCUUUUGGGAAUGCUUGGUUGCUAUGGGUAAGAUCCUCAAGUAUCUGGUAGUCGGCAUGGCUAAGAGUGUUGCGUGGGUGGCAAAGAGUGCGUGGGUGUUGGUGAGGGACUGGCUCAUGGGAACACCAGAGGAUAAGUUGAAGCCUUUCUGAGCAACUUGGUCUUAGUUGAAGGUGGUCUUCAAGGGAGGUAGAGCUAGGCUACCUGUCUACAUGUACCUACACGAUGGGAUAAAGCACGGGCUUAACGCUGGGCGGGGUUAAGGUCAUGCUGACCUCGAGGCUCUUUCACUUCCCGUUGAGGACGGGAGUCGAGAGUGCCUGCGUAUGAGGCUCAUACGUCAUUCACUGGGCUUUGGGAUCUGGGUUGUUUUCUGUCUUUCCCGUUACUCCGUACCUUCCAUCCUUUGGUCGCUUCUUCUUGCACCGCUUCGUCGUCCGAAGUACUCUACCUGGGGCAUCUAGGGCAGUUUGAAGUUCUGCACGUAACCUUCAAUACAUGUACAGAUUCUGCACACAAAAGAUUGAAUUGUCCCUUGCCCCACCUUGUUUGUCACUUGCUCUGGUUUAAAAUACAAUAUCUUCUCGC